GCUAGCACAGCAACUGCACAUAUCCACUGAUACCAGAAGUUUGUAUUUCGGCUACAUAGAUCGCAGUCACAUUUUAUUUAAUGUUAGUAGUUAUAUCGUGGCUGCACUUUUGUCUGUAGAAAUAUAGAUCUACCGCAUCGGAGCGACCAGGAUGGAGUGGCAGCCAGAUGAGCAGGGUCUGCAGCAAGUGCUUCAGCUACUCAAAGACUCCCAGUCCCCAGAUACAGCAACACAGAGAGCUGUGCAAGAAAAACUGGAGCAACUUAACCAGUUUCCAGAUUUCAACAACUAUCUCAUCUUUGUCCUCACAAGCCUCAAAUCUGAAGACGAGCCCACUCGCUCUCUGAGCGGCUUGAUACUGAAGAAUAAUGUUAAGGCUCACUACCAGAACUUCCCUCCCAAUGUGGCUGACUUCAUCAAACGAGAAUGCCUCAACAACAUCGGAGACCCUUCGCCGCUUAUCAGAGCUACGAUCGGUAUCCUGAUUACGACCAUAGCCUCUAAAGGAGAGCUGCAGACCUGGCCAGAACUGUUGCCUCAGCUCUGUAAUCUGCUCAACUCGGAGGACUAUAACACCUGCGAGGGUUCUUUUGGAGCUUUGCAGAAGAUCUGCGAGGAUUCAUCAGAGUUGUUGGACAGCGAUGCUCUGAACAGACCUCUCAACAUCAUGAUCCCCAAAUUCCUACAGUUUUUCAAGCACUGCAGCCCCAAGAUCAGGUCCCAUGCUAUAGCGUGUGUGAACCAGUUCAUCAUUGGUCGAGCUCAAGCUCUAAUGGAUAACAUUGAUACCUUCAUUGAGAGUCUGUUUGCACUAGCUGGAGACGAGGACAGUGAAGUGCGGAAGAACGUGUGCAGGGCUCUGGUCAUGCUACUUGAAGUCCGCAUUGACCGCCUCAUCCCACACAUGCACAGCAUCAUUCAGUACAUGCUGCAGCGGACCCAGGACCCAGACGAGAACGUGGCUCUGGAGGCCUGUGAGUUCUGGCUCACUCUGGCUGAACAGCCCAUCUGUAAAGAGGCUCUGUCUGGCCACUUGGUCCAACUGAUUCCUAUCCUGGUGAAUGGGAUGAAAUACUCUGAGAUUGACAUCAUUCUUCUGAAGGGCGAUGUUGAAGAGGAUGAGGCGGUUCCAGACAGUGAGCAAGACAUCAAGCCUCGCUUCCACAAGUCCCGCACCGUCACUCUGCAGCACGAAGGAGGGGAGGGCGAGGAAGGAGAGGACAUCGAUGAAGAUGAGGACGACGAUGAUGAUACACUGUCUGACUGGAACCUACGGAAGUGUUCAGCUGCGGCGUUGGACGUUCUUGCCAAUGUGUUUCGCGAGGAGUUACUUCCCCAUCUCCUGCCCCUGCUCAAAGGCCUUCUUUUUCAUCCUGACUGGGUCAUUAAGGAGUCUGGCAUCCUAGUGCUGGGGGCUAUUGCUGAAGGCUGUAUGCAAGGCAUGGUUCCUUACUUGCCUGAGCUCAUCCCCCACCUCAUCCAGUGUUUGUGCGACAAGAAAGCCCUGGUCCGCUCCAUUGCCUGCUGGACCCUGAGCCGCUACGCCCACUGGGUGGUCAGCCAGCCCCCUGACGCUCACCUCAAACCCCUUAUGACUGAGCUGCUCAAACGCAUCCUGGAUGGCAAUAAGAGGGUACAGGAAGCAGCAUGCAGUGCAUUUGCCACCCUGGAGGAGGAGGCGUGUACAGAGCUGGUGCCUUACCUUAGCUUCAUCCUGGACACGCUGGUUUUUGCUUUUGGGAAGUACCAGCACAAGAACCUGCUCAUCCUCUAUGAUGCUAUAGGAACACUGGCGGACUCUGUGGGCCACCAUCUAAACCAGCCUGAGUACAUACAGAAGCUGAUGCCUCCGCUGAUAGCCAAGUGGAACGAGCUGAAGGAUGAAGACAAAGAUCUCUUCCCUCUGCUCGAGUGUCUGUCGUCUGUUGCCACAGCGCUGCAGAGUGGCUUCCUCCCCUACUGCGAGCCCGUCUACCAGCGCUGCGUCACCCUGGUCCAGAAGACACUGGCUCAGGCCAUGAUGUACAGUCAGCAGCCAGACCAGUAUGAAGCACCUGACAAGGACUUCAUGAUUGUGGCUCUGGAUCUUUUAAGCGGCUUGGCAGAGGGACUGGGGGGCCAUGUGGACACGCUUGUGGCCCGCAGUAACAUCAUGACUCUGCUUUUCCAGUGCAUGCAGGAUACGAUGCCUGAAGUAAGACAGAGUUCAUUUGCUCUACUGGGUGACUUGACCAAGGCCUGCUUUCCUCAUGUCAAACCGUGUAUUGCUGAAUUCAUGCCAAUCCUCGGGACAAAUCUGAACCCAGAGUUCAUCUCCGUGUGCAACAAUGCGACCUGGGCCAUAGGAGAGAUCUGUAUGCAGAUGGGUGAGUUGCAGCAAAUCUACUUACAUGUGAUGCCGUCAAGUUCUUGUGCUGUCAAGUAUGAGAUGUAUCUUACUUUAAUUUACCACCCAUCAGGCGUGGAGAUGCAGCCGUACAUCGCUAUGGUUCUGAACCAGCUGGUUGAGAUUAUUAAUCGACCCAACACCCCCAAGACCCUGCUGGAGAACACCGCAAUCACCAUCGGCCGACUGGGCUAUGUGUGCCCUCAGGAGGUCGCUGCCAUGCUGCCGCAGUUUAUCCGACCUUGGUGUACGUCACUGCGGAACAUCAGAGACAACGAGGAGAAAGACUCUGCCUUCCGUGGGAUUUGCAUGAUGAUUGGUGUGAACCCAGGAGGUGUAGUGCAGGACUUCAUCUUCUUCUGUGAUGCUGUGGCCUCCUGGGUGAAUCCUAAAGACGAUUUGAGAGACAUGUUCUACAAGAUCUUGCACGGUUUUAAGGAGCAGGUUGGGGAGGAGAACUGGCAGCAGUUCUCAGAGCAGUUCCCCCCACUGCUGAAGGAGAGACUGGCAGCUUGCUAUGGCGUUUAGAUCCUCUACAUCACCCAAGAGGUGAGCCAGCAGGAGGAGGGUGAAUGGGAAACUCAUCCAUCUGUGUAUUGCACUGCCCAGAUCUGGGGGGAGGGAGAGGGACGCUAUUGGCCGCUCCCCCUGACGGACGGCCCCCACGCCCUAUGUGUUUGUCCAUAGAGGGAGGGU